CGCAAUACAAUAAAUAGAAUACAUACCGCCCUAAAAGUCAAAAUGGUUGAUUUUCAAUUUACCUUGGGUUACAGAUGCGCCCAUAGCAAAAUCAGACAUGAACAAUGAGCCAAAGUUGCCAGAUCAAUCAGAUCUGCUGUCAGCGACCUCAAAUGGCCCAGUUGUCGCCACAGAAGUCGAGAAUGACAAUGUUGCCGUUGUAGACGACCAGCCUUUUUCUAUAUUUUCAGAGUUUGAAAAGCGACUAUAUGCAUGGUCUGCGUCUUUAGCUGCUUUUUCCGGUCCAGUCUCUUCUACUAUCUACUAUCCGGCCCUAAAUCUCCUGGCAGAGGAUCUUAAUACCACAGCCACCAAGAUAAAUUUGACAAUUACUACCUACCUGAUCUUUCAAGGCAUUGCACCGACUAUUGUUGGUGGUAUUUCCGACAAAUACGGCCGAAGGCCUGCAUUACUGACCUGCUUCGUCGUCUACAUUGCCGCCAACACGGGUCUCGCGUUGCAGCACAGUUUCGCUGCCUUACUUGUCCUUCGCUGCAUCCAGAGUAGUGGCUGCAGCGGUACAAUUUCAAUUUCCAAUGGGGUAGUCUCAGACGUAGCCACGAGGGCUGAACGUGGCAGUUACGUGAGUCUGGCAGCGAUGGGACAGUCGCUUGGCCCUGCACUUGGUCCCAUCAUCGGCGGUCUCUUGACGCACUUUCUGGGCUGGAGAUCUAUCUUUUGGUUCUUAGACAUUUACGCCGGGGUCAUGCUCUGCUCUAUUCUCCUCUUCAUGCCUGAAACCUGCCGCAACAUCGUCGGCAACGGCUCCGUUCCCUCGCAAAAAUGGAACGUCUCCCUCAUGACCUACCUGACCCAGCGAAAGCUCCGCAAGAACAACGUCCCCGUGGCGCACAACACAAUCCAGAACAAGAAGAGACCGAGCCUUCUCGCAUCCCUCUCCAUCCUCGUCGAAAAAGAGGCCUGCCUCCUCAUGAUAUUCUGCGCCUUAUACUUCGCCGGCUUCAGCAUGAUAACUGCCAGUCUCCCUUCCCAACUCAGCUCCACCUACAACUACAACUCCAUCCAAGUCGGCCUCUGCUACAUCCCCAUAGGCGCCGCAGCCAUCUGCGCCAAAACGGUCGUUGGCCGGGCCAUCGACUGGAAUUUCCGCCGCCACUGCCGCAUCCAGGGCGUCGAGAUCAUCAAGUCCCAGCAGCAGGAGAUUGAUGAUUUCCCAGUCGAGCGCGCCCGGCUGGAAGUCUCGGUGCCGCUGGUUAUCAUGGCGUGCGUGGGAGUCGUCCCGUACGGUUGGGUGAUGGGACUUGAACAUCCGCCGCUUGGAGCGGUUAUCGUGCUUCUCUUUCUCUUCGCGUUCUCGGCAUCAGGGCUGAUGCAGACGAUAACGGUGCUGCUGAUCGACUGUCACCCCGACAGUCCCGCGGCGGUGUCGGCGGCGAAUAAUGUGCUGCGGUGCCUGCUUGCUGCGGGGGCUGUGGCCAUUGCCGUGCCAUUGUUUGACAAAAUUGGGAGGGGUUUGACGGGCACGUUAUUGGCACUUGUGUAUGCGGUGUCCUGCCUCUUGUUGUGGGCUGUUGUGGUUAAAGGUCCGGGAUGGAGGAAUGAGAGAAAAUUGAAGAGGGAAGCAAUAGAAGAAAAGCGAGAGGAGGAAGAAGGGCGUCAUGGAAUAUGAAAAUAUGUCGCGGCACAAGGUAGGAAAACUUGUAGAAGAUAGACUGAUAUAUAUUUAGACGAAUGAAUGAAUCAAAGUAUCCAACUCCUUUUA